UCCCCCCCACUGACUCGCCGUUGCCGUGUCUUGCUUAGCGGGCUCCGUCCCAUCUCGAAGUCUGCGGUGACUAAUCGCUGAGCUCACACUUCUGUUCUUCGAGUGAAAAAAAAGGCGGUUUCUGAAAAUCGCAUCGCGGUCAAGGAGGAGAAAAAACAAAAGGGUAAAGGAGAAACAACAAGGAACAAAGAGGGAGAAAAAAAAGGAGCCAUGGUCCACGCCGAUGCGUCCAACUUUGCCGAGGGCGUCACCAAGGAUGAUGCCUAUGAGCAGGUGCUGCUGCAGGCCGAAGGGCUGUUUUACGGUCAGCGCAACUGGGCGGCUAGCAAUCUCUCCAACGCGGCCUCGCUGCUGUGGCAUGCCUACAAGUCCCUUCCCGCUCCGAGCAACCAAGUGAACUGGGCAGGCUUCUACGUGUUGGAUCCCUCGGCCAAGGACCAGCUCAUUCUGGGACCGUUCCAGGGCAAAGUGGCCUGCCAGACAAUCCCGUUUGGCCGAGGCGUGUGCGGUGCUGCUGCGGCCACCAAGACUACGCAGCUCGUCGACGACGUGGAAAAGUUUCCCGGCCACAUUGCGUGCGACAGCGAGAGCAAGAGCGAGAUCGUGGUGCCCAUUGUGUCGGGCGACAAGCUCGUCGCCAUCAUCGACGUCGACUGCGCCGAGCUGAACGGAUUCGAUGAGACGGAUAAGAAGCACCUCGAGCAACUCGCCGACCUUUUGGCAAAGGGCUGUGACUGGUAGACGAGCUGAAUGAAGAUACUCUUUCUACACAAGGAUUUAGCUAAAGAUCUAUGAAAGUGAACUCUCGUCGACCAUGGGAGAUGUGCAAUGCUGGACUCCUUUCCGUACUUUGCUCGCUACCACUCUUCUUACCGAUAUAUCGUCGAGCAAUGCGGGAUCCCACUUGUAGAACGCAAAACAAGAUUUCGAGCCAUCGCAUUUGGUGUAAGCGAAACAGUGACCGCCAGUUCCGCGUCCGCCCCCCAUCAUAUAUGAUACGGAC